AUGGUACAGUCCAUUUGAACAAGAGACUGUAGUUAUCGUCACUACAGAGUUAAAGUUAUUUACUUUGGCUUUUAACGUAGAAAAAUCCGAUUUAGCUUUAUUUCAUUAUGUCUGUUAUAAAGAAGGGAGAUUUAACCGACACUGAAAAAGAGCUUCUGGUUGUUAUUGCUGCAGGAAAUGUACAGGAAGCUUCAAGAUUGCUUGGCUCGAAGGAUGUGAGAGUGAACUGCCUGGAUGAGUAUGGCAUGACUCCUCUCAUGCAUGCUGCGUAUAAGGGCAAGGCAGAUAUGUGUAAGCUGCUGCUGCAACAUGGUGCAGACGUCAACUGCAAUGAGCACGAGCACGGCUACACAGCUCUCAUGUUCGCAGGACUAUCGGGGAAGACUGAUAUCACAUGGAUGAUGUUAGAUGCUGGAGCAGAGACUGAUGUGGUGAACUCAGUAGGCAGAUCAGCAGCACAAAUGGCUGCUUUUGUAGGUCAGCACGACUGUGUGACUGUUAUCAAUAACUUCUUCUCCCGAAAGAGGCUUGACUACUACACAAAACUGCAGGGCUUAGAAAAAGAGCCAAAACUGCCUCCUAAACUGGCUGGACCUUUGCACAAAAUUAUCAUGAGCACAAAUCUUAACCCUGUCAAGGUGGUGAUGCUGGUGAAGGAAAAUCCUCUACUCGUGGACGUAGAGGCUCUUGAGAAGUGUCGUAAAGUGAUGGAGCUGAUCUGUGAGAAAUGUGUAAAGCAGCAGGACAUGAAUGAGGUGCUGGCCAUGAAGAUGCACUACAUCAGUUGUGUUCUGCAGAAAUGUAGCGCCUUCCUCAAAGACCGGCAGGAUAAACUAGAUGGCUUAAUCAAGUGCCUACUAAAGGGGCGAGACAGUGACUGCUUUCCGGUGUUCCAAGAAAAAUUUAUCCGGGAGUGCAUCCGGAAAUUUCCUUACUGCGACGCUACGCUACUCCAGCAGCUUGUCAGAAGUAUAGCUCCUGUGGAAAUAGGCAAUGACCCCACAGCUUUGUCAGUGCUCACCCAAGCUAUCACAGGGCAGGUGGGCUUCAUGGAUGCUGAAUUCUGCACCACCUGUGGGGAGAAGGGAGCAGAAAAGAGGUGCUCCAUCUGCAAAAUGGUUAUCUAUUGCAACCAAGAUUGCCAGAAGAUGCACUGGUUCACCCAUAAGAAGAUCUGCAAGAAACUUCAGGAGCAGAGGCAGAAGCAAGAGGCUGAAUCAGCCAAGCGACUAGAGAGACAGGCCAAAGAAUCUGAGGAGAAGAAAGCACUGGAAGAGACGAGCAGCAGUAUGGAAAAUCUUUCUGUUGAGCAGAGUGAAGUUACCAGCACAUCAGAUGUUCAAAAAGAAACUGAGAGCACUGACCCCAUUCAGAUAUCUUCAGACUGAGUCAUGCGGAUUAAGCAGAGACAACAUUAACCCCAGUCAUUUCCCAUAAUCGCUGUCAAGUCCUGCCUUAGCCAGAACACUACGAUGUGCAUGUCGUCCAAAAUCUGGGGACCUCCUGAACGUUUCUUUCAGAGGAAGGGUUUUUGGAGCGUGAAAUCUGAUGGAAAAGCUAACAAAGCUUUCAUCACAUGCACAGGCUUUCCGUCAACACGUGACACGUUUUAUUGUAGCGUUUGUUCUUUUAUAGCUAACGUUAUGUAUGUGGUCAUGUGCAUCAAUAUUAGAUUUAGUAAAGAGAGUAUAUAUUUAUGACAGUCAGUCUUAAGUUAAACCUUAUGUUGUUAGGUAAUAUUGCAUGUAGAGGAUAAAGAUGUUGAAGCCUUUGCCUUAAACCAUGUUGGCAAGUCUGUAGUUUUGUCUUGGAUGAAAAACAUUACACCGUCCACAGUAGAUUUAAGAACAUGUCACUAUAAGUAUAAUUGUUUUACGGGUCGAGCUGAUUUAAGUCCUCGUGCUGCAUUUGCACGUCUUGCUUUUACAGAAACCUCACAAGACAUGAAAGGUCUAAAUUUGAAUGUUAAAAUUAGUGUGCCAUUUUCCCCAUAAUGAAGAUUCAGGGACAAUAGGUAGCAGCUGCAUACCUGUGCUUGCUAUGUUUUAAUGACAGUUGUGUAGAAAUCACAAUUUGCAGUCUGUGUGUGUUAUCUGAAUUUGACAGUAAGGAUUUUGGCUGCAGUUGAACUGUGCUCCUCCAGGGGGUGCUGCUGAGCUCUUAUGCUGCUCCAGUUCAGAGUAGAGAACUGCAUGAUGGAUCUCUGCAUGGCCCUGCGCUCACAGAGAUCUUCAAUCUCAUCAAAUGGGCAUCUGAAAAUACCAACCAGGACUUCAUUAAUUUUUUACUGAUUCUAGAAAAAUCCAUGCUUAUUAAAAUGAGCUUUUCGAUGCCACAUCCAAGAACUUUUUUCUUUUUGCUAUGAAAUUCUUCUAUCAUCUCACUUUUAUACAGUGAUGCAGCAGCACUUUAUUACUUUAGUCUGUCCAGUGCUCACCUCAUAUGUACACACUAAAGGUUGUAAAUCUUCAUGCUAAUACCACUGUCAAAUCCUUCUUGUUUCAGUCACUUAAUAGCUGGGCCGAGUCAUUGCCGUAACUCGCCUCCAUUGCGUUCUGAACUUUUUUCUUUUUCUUGGUCCAUGGUGGAUAUCCCAUUAAUAUCAUGAAAGUCACUGAAAUAUAGUGAGUGAGAACAAAAUGCUCUUGUCCUUCUUGUUUUAGGAGCCAGCAGUGAAACCUGACUGUUAUACAUUAUGUUCAAGACAUAAUAUGUUGUAAUAUUAUAUCCAAUAUUCUAACUGUACUAUCAAUAUUCCUUUCAUGACACCAGAGUGGCAAACAACUCAUAACUCUUCCAGAGAAAAAUAAAAAUACAGCACCAACUAACAACUGGGCACCAAAAUCAGUCAUCAGAAACAUAUCAGUAUAAAAACCUCCCUUGUGGCUCUUUCCCAUAGAUCUACUUACUUUGUGCGUUUGGUGUUGGAGCUCCAUUGACCUGGAAUAAAUGACAAAUGAGUUAAAGAGCUUGAGGGAAGGAUAGAUGAACAUAACCUCAGUUACAGACAAUUGUACAGCAUACAGUAAAAUAACUAGUCAUGUCAGUGUAUAAUCUGAAUCUAUCCCAUAAUAGUGCGACCCAGUAUGAGACAGAUGUAACCUGUAGUUUUCAAUAUAAUAAACAUUUGCCCCAAAACACAUUUAAAGUCCCAGGCCACUGUAGCAUUAUGAGACUAAUGCUCUGUUAUUUAAUUAUGAUUCAGUGACUGUCGUGUGUCCCACUGAUAUUACAUUUACAAUGAUAUAAAGCUUAAACACGGGUAAAUUGUCCUUCAUAACAACCUCUGUCCAGAUUUCAGAUAAAAAUAAUAAAAGCUUUCGAUAGCAA